AUUACUCUCAACAUGUUUAUAUAUUGUCAGCGGGGACAUGAAACAAUAAGUAAAAGUGGUUAACUGGCAUGAGGCGGAUUCGCGAUUGAUUUACUCGGGACAAGCUUUACCUGUGGAAUAAACUUUAGAAACGUUGUGACAUGUUUAACCAUUGAAAUUCCGGUCGACGUUUAAUUUGAAACGUCAGCGUGAGUGUUAAUGAAUAAAAUGAGAUACAGUCAGUUGAGUACCGCAGAAACUUCAGUGAACCGACAAGUAUAACAUCUCAGGGAUCCGCAGAAAGCACAGAGGGCGAACACUAACGACGGGACGGAGCAAUUUCAUUCGAUUUAAAUGAAAUAAAGUACAAAUUAUUUUUUUUAUUCACUGAAGAAGUAAUUUGUCUUUUUUUCGACGUUUGAAGAUCGAAUAUAGGCACGUCACCACAAGUGUUAAGUUAUCUGUCAAACAGAAAUUGGAUUUAUCAUAUCACGAAGUAGGAAAGACAAAAACAUCACGUCCUGAAUUUAAACAAUUAAACCUGCUUUAAAAAUAACAAAGAAGGCGAUGACGAAUACACGAUUUUUUUUAUCAAUAUUAAUAUAAAUUGUUCGAAAGUUAAAUAAUUAGUGGGACGCAAUCAGCUUUAGUAGCCGUGUAAUAGUUUAGUUAAAAGAGGAACGCAUUAUUUUUCUUUUUACUCCGUGAAAUAACAAUCUACCCAAAGAGGAAAAUAUUCUUGAAAAUGGAAACAAGUGGAAAUAUAUUUCCUUAGAUAAAUCCGAGAAGUUAUUUAUUGAAAAACGACUUAAGGGGACAUGGAACUAACUGUGUUUCAGAAAUGAUAUUUUGGACGGUUCACAUAAUAUUAAUAUCAGCUGUUUUUCUAACCAUAACAGGUAUUCCAUUAAGAGCUUCCGACUAUGGACAGAAUGGACAUAUUGUACACUACCACAGAGAUGAUGCAUCCGGCGGACACCGCCGGCACAUACACUACCGGUCAUCCCAAGAUGGAUCACAACCGUCAUCAUUUAGAAACACAUUCUUUCAAAACCACGGAACACCCGUUAAUCCGGCGGCCGUAUACGAAGUCCCUAGUCACAGACAUUUUAACGAUGCAAUGGCAGGGCGACUGGCGGUCGAACUACGAUCGCUGGUUGAUAGAACAAAUAGUGAAUAUAAUAAUUCAACCGACGUGAAAAGUGAAAAUGGUGAUAAUGGUGAUAGUAAUGGAAAACAUGAUAACAAUAACGGUAAACAUGAGAAUAAUCACGAGCACACUUUACAUAGCCUUCAAAACAGAGAUGCACCGACUCCACCAUCUGAAGCGAUUCCUAAUGGAAAUGUUCACUUUCCAAUAGAGGCACUACCGCACGGUCUACAAUUCUUAAAUAGACAAUCUCAAGAAAGAAGUCAGUCCAAUGCUAUACCUAAACAAUCAAAUGAAAUAAAUUUAGACUUACAAACAUUAUUAGGCGAUAUGGCAGAUACGUCUACAGUUCCAAGUGUAACAAAUUCCGACACAUUUUUAUCCACUAAUAAGGCACUGGACUUAGAUUUUUUACUUGGAGGUCUAGGAAGCUCAGCAAACAACAACCAAGGUCAUGAUAUGAGUCAUCACGGUCAUUCUAAUAAUCAUGAACACGGUCAUCAAGAUCACGUCCAUCAAGGUCAUGAUCAUGCACAUUCUAAUGAUCAUGGUCACCAGGUUCAUGAUCAUGCUCAAGGUCAUGGUCACGAAGGUAAUGAGCACGGAAUCAACAUGGCUUUUGAAUCAAACAGUGGUUCACAUGGAAAUUCAAUCAAUGACAAAUUGCAUGGUUCAAAAGGAGCUAGAAGACUCGGAAAUCUUUUUAACGGUAUGUUCAACCAACAUUCGUCUCAUGCACCACAAGGUCAUGGAGGUCAUAGCCAUGGUGAUCAUGGUCAUGGUCAUGGUAACCAUCACCAUGGAAACAAUAUGCAUCAUGAGGUUAAUACAGUUCCAACCACGAGUCCAGGUCCGCCGGGAAUACGUUACCGACAGUCUACUUUACAUGCUCGGCCUAUAACAAAACGAGGCGUGGCCGACAGUGAAUCGAUAUCAAGAUUUUCUAAAACAUUUAUUGAUAAUAUACUGAAUAUUCGAAUAGGCAGUACAGUUCCACCUCAUUCAAUUGUACAAACGACUCAACCAACAAGAUAUAGAGGAUUUCUUACCACACCUAGAAGUGUAGAAACGCAAAUAAAACGUCUUUCGGGAGUUCACCAGAACACAAUUAAACAAACAAAUAAUGAAACGCCGCAACACAUGCAUAACAAACAGGAAUCAAAAGGUCCAGAUAUAGUUUCACCAUCACCAAAAGAGUUGGUUCAUUUGCAAGGAAUUCAUAUAAUGUUUUCUGACGGAAAACAGGAUACUUCGCGAACAAUACCUACCGUGCACCUUACAGCGUCUAUUUCAGAGAAUGUAAAUCAUCUUCUUAAUAUGGCUUCAGGAAUGCCAUCCACUCCAACGCAAUCUUCUAGCGUCAGUUCUAUAACUGACAAAAUCACAGGCACAGCUGUAAUAAGGGAUGGUCAUUUAUAUCUUGUUGUGUAUCCGUUUGGGAGUAACAAAUCAUUAGAACUUCACUACAACCAAUCAACAAAACGCAUGGCUAUGCCACAUAAUAAACCAGUUUCAUUUACUAAGACAAAAGCUCCUGGCCUUAAAACCGAGCAUGUGACUCCAUCAGUCUCUAUCAAAAGUGCAUCUUUGAAUCAUCCUGCAAGUCAUUCUGCUUUAGUACAACCGACAGCUGAAACAAAAGUAACAAGUACUGGUCAUUCGGAACAUGUCUCCACGGGAUCAUCUCAUGUCCACUCUUCAUCCCAUAGCCACAGUCACGUGAUAAAUUCUGAUAUUUCUACAAAAUCUGCCAAAGAAAAAAGCACACAUGCUCAUGGACCUCACCAACAUCAUCAUGGGCAUCUUCAUCACCAACAUAGUGGUUCAACUCCGUCUUUAACUGGCCUUAAACUUUCAGAAGUAAACGACACUACGCUCCAGACUCUCUUGUCACCCAUUGAUAGAUUUAUAUCUCCAUGGGAGUCUCUGAAUUUUUCUAAAGUCUUCCCCUAUUCCGCCGGUAUACCGAGCAAUGCAACAACAACAAAGGAAACUCCAAAGAAACAGCUUGAUGACGACUCUGAAGUAGAUGUUGUGACAUUUAUUGCAAAAGCGGCUGAUCCAUUUGAUCAAAUGAAAGUUAUUAUAGGAUCGCUUGUAAACAAAACGUUAUCAAAUACGUCGAAUAUACCGAGUUCAAAACAUCAAAAUGGAACAAUGCCAGAGGCGAGAUUUAAUUUUGAGUUAAAGCUUCAGCCAUCAAGUUCAAAGACUGACAUAAAAUCUUCUACUUAUCCAAAUAACUCGGAAGAAAAAUCAUUUGACACAAAUCAUAAAACGUCUACUUUUAGCAAAGCUGCUGAGUCAAAAGCUACAACGGAGUCCAUCAAUCCUGAAUCAUUUAAACCAUUUAAUAAAGUGACAUCGGAAAGUGUUGGGAAAUCAAGUGGAGAAAGGGGACCAUCAUCUGUAAACGAGUUUAAAAGUAAUGCACAGAGUAACUAUCAGACAACCACAGAAAUGAAUUUAGUCAAUGAUAUCUUAUCAGGCACACAUUUAACAGAUAUCAACAAAAAUCGAAACAUUGGUGGAAGAAGUACAGUGUCACCUAACCAAAUGCAAACUACUGGAAUUGAUUCUAAAUUUGACCGUUUUUUGCAUGUCUCUGAAAAUAUUGCUCCUUCUACAUUAAAGAUGGACAGACGACCAAGCGAUUUCUUUGGCACAACUAUGUCUUACAUACCAAACUAUACAGAAAGUCCUACGACUAAACGUCUAGGUUAUCAAGUAUCAACACCUUUGUCACAAAGAAUAUUUCCAGAUAUGCGGAACACAAUUUCACGUAACCUUCAGUCGGGUCCAAAUCGUAAUACAAUAUUAGGAUCAAACUUACAACCAUUUGUCCAAAGGACUUCACCUAAUAGGUUUCGUCAAGGGUUGAAUAGAGGACAGUCAGAACAGAUCAUAUCACUCGCCGAUAUUCUAAAUGAUAUCAGACGUAUUCAGCUGCACAAUAUGCAGCGGUUUAACAUCCAAAACAAUAACUUUGACACAAUGAUACUGAGCGAGGCCCAGCAAAAACCUGUGAUGCGAACACCUUUAUUCAUGGAAGGCCCAGUUAUUCGUGAAACUUCAACAAGGCGUUAUUCCGACUUUCCUGCUUUUAUGAACAACGGUAAACAACAGACAAAACAAAGGUCAAAUGGUAUGCCUCAAAAUUCUUCCCCAGUAGUUCAACGUCGAGUUAACCGAAAUGCACCUUAUGAGUCAGGUAUGGAAGCAAUGCUCGUGCUCUCUGUUGAUGAUAUAAUGAAUGAUCAAACAGACCUACAUGGAGCGAUUGUUUUCUCACAUAGAAGAAACCCAUCUUUAAGUAAAAACAUCUGAGAACAGAAAGGAGUCUAGGCGUAAAGAAGAAAACAUAAGCAUGUUUCAUGCUUCGCAAAGCGUUAAAUGAUGAGAUAAAAAAAAACCUUAAUGGCAAUGAGAUGGUUAUCACUCUAGACAUAAAUAAAUGUUGGUUUCAUUGUUCGUUAGCGUGCCAAACUUCGGAUGACAGUUCAAGUGAGAUAUGCAAAUGAACGAGCAGGUGGAGAAUGUUGCUCGUAAGAAGAUUAGGCUUGUUGAAAUGCAAACGUCAUUUGAUCUGUCCACAAAUAUAAUAGAGUCCUGAAAUAGGCUUUGUGAUUUACAAAAAGAAAUCACUAUUGUUAAACAGAACAGAAACACGUAAAAUGAUGAUAGAUUGUUCUGUUUAUCAUUUAUCACGACAGUAAAAACAA